AUGUCAGUCUUUGAAGCAGCUCUUCAGAUCAAAUUUUGGAGUCCGAUUAUUUUAUUUUCAAUUGGAGCUCCAGGAGCGUUUCUCAAUGCAAUAAUAUUCAUGGGCAUAAAAACAUUUCGUCAAUCUCCAUUGGUAUUUUAUGUUGUGGGACAAUCAUUAGCCGAUGUGAAUGUUUUGUUGAUCGUACUUCUUCAAAUUAUUCCAUACACAUCAAUAUCGGUUUCAUCUAUUGCUUGUAAGUUAAUGGUAUUUUUUAUGCAAAUGAUGACAACUGUUGCAAUGAGUUUUCUUUGUUUGUCUGCAUUUGAUCGUUGGGCAUCUACAUCUCAAUUGGCUCGCAUACGUCAAUUAAGUUCGAUUCGUGUAGCUUGCUGUCUCUUUCCAAUUCCAUUUAUUCUUUGGUCAUUUGUGAAUAUUCCUUUUCUUAUUUAUUGUGAUAUUGUACCACCAAUAUACAUUUGUUGGUUCACAAACGAUCUCUUUAUGCGAAUAGGAGUUCUUUUUUUAUCUCCAAUUCUUAUUGUUUUUCUUCCUCUACUUAUUCUAAUAUUGUUUGGAUUAUUGACAUAUCGUAAUAUUCGUCUUGUAACUCAUAUUCGUCAACAACCAAAUCAAACUCGAAUGUCAACAUGGGAACACCAAAUGACAAGAAUGAUGUUAAUUCAAACUCUUCUAAGUAUAUUUUUCACACUUCCUCGAGCUAUUUAUGUCGUUUAUUCAAUUGCCACAAUUGAUGAGAGUACAACGAGAAGUUUCGAGCAAAUGUCUAUUUUACUUCUCGUAGAUCAAUUGACUGCUUCUAUCACUUCUAUGAAUUUCGCUUCAUCUUUUUACAUAUUCCUUAUUUCAUCAUCGCGUUUUCGACAAACGAUUCAAAUAUAUUUGAAAUAUCGAUUCAAUAUGGGACACCGUCAAAUAGCUCCAAUGAACAUAUUACUCACAGCACCAACACUUACUGAUCGAUAG